CUCGAAGGCGCGCCUCGCCGCCCGCCGCGCUGCGCCAUGACGGCGAUGGUUGACGACGAGACGCUCGACUUCAGCACGUCGGACGACGUGCAGAUCGUCGAGUCCUUCGAUGCCAUGGGGCUCAAGGACGAGCUGCUCCGCGGCAUCUACGCGUACGGCUUUGAGAAGCCGUCCGCCAUCCAGCAGCGCGCCAUCAUGCCCAUCCUCAAGGGCCGCGACACCAUCGCGCAGGCGCAGUCGGGCACCGGCAAGACGACCAUCUUUUCGGUGGGCGUGCUGCACUGCAUCGACACCUCGCAGCGCGAGACGCAGGCGCUCGCGCUCUCCCCGACGCGCGAGCUGGCAGAGCAGACGCAAAAGGUGAUGCUCGCGCUCGGAGACUACAUGUCGGUGCAGUGCCACGCCUGCAUCGGAGGCAAGUCGAUCGGCGAGGACAUCCGCCGCCUCGACGCCGGAGUGCACGCCGUCUCCGGCACGCCGGGCCGCGUCUUCGACAUGAUCCGCCGCCGCAACUUGCGCACGCGCGCAAUCAAGAUGCUCGUCAUCGACGAGGCGGACGAGAUGCUCUCCCAGGGCUUCAAGGAGCAGAUCUACGACAUCUACCGCUACCUGCCGCCCGCCACCCAAGUCGUCCUCAUCUCGGCGACGCUGCCCAACGAGAUCCUCGAGAUGACGCGCAAGUUUAUGACUGACCCCGUUCGGAUUCUGGUCAAGCGCGACGAGCUGACGCUCGAGGGCAUCAAGCAGUUCUUCGUCGCGGUCGAGCGGGAGGAGUGGAAGUUCGACACGCUCUGCGACCUGUACGACACCCUCACCAUCACGCAGGCGGUCAUCUUUUGCAACACGAAGAAGAAGGUCGACUGGCUCACCCACAAGAUGAGGCAGGCAAACUUCACCGUCUCCUCCAUGCACGGGGACAUGCCGCAAAAGGAGCGCGACGCAAUCAUGGCCGAGUUCCGCUCGGGCGACUCGCGCGUCCUCAUCGCCACAGACGUGUGGGGCCGCGGCAUCGACGUGUCGCUCGUGAUCAACUACGACCUCCCCAACAACCGCGAGCUCUACAUCCACCGCAUCGGCCGCUCGGGCCGGUUCGGCCGCAAGGGCGUCGCGAUCAACUUCGUCAAGAGCGACGACAUCCGCAUCCUGCGCGACAUCGAGCAGUUCUACUCGACGCAGAUCGACGAGAUGCCGAUGAACGUAGCAGACCUGAUCUAG